AUGAGACAAAAGACAGCAGGAUAUGUUGUUCUUGCCGGUACAUGGUCCGUCUUAGCCAUUGCUAUAAUAUCCUACCUUUAUGUGUCGUCAAAUUCUACUGCAUUAUAUUAUUGGUGUUGGAUAUGGUUAUGUCCAUUUAUGAUAUGGAAUUGGGUUACUAUUGCAUGGUGUGAUUCUGAAUUAUUUGCUAAUUCAAAACGUAGAUUAGUUAGUUAA